AUCGUCAUCGCCUACAUCACUCAGCCUGCUGAACAGGUAUGAAGAAUUGCAGCCUCAAAAGUACCUACCUGACAGCAUCUAGAGCACCUCUACAACUACAGGUAACAGGUGCCUGCCUACCCGCUCGCUCUCUACGCUACUACCCCACUAAAACCAAUUACUAUCCGACUAUCUUACCUCUUACCUGUCUUGGGCUUGCUGUGCCUACUACUCACCGACGACCGACCAACCAACACAGCCAUCACCACCGUUGCCGUCGUCGUCGUCGUCUCCCUUCCUCCUCUCUACCCCUCUCAUUCAGCAUAGGCUAUUCUUGCUCUAUACGGGACGCCGACCUUGUGAAGCUUCGAUCGCGAGCCUCUCCUCCCUCUUUCUCCCCGCUGUCUCCCCCUCUCCCUUCUCGCCAUGGCAAACCAAACUCCGGCCGUUGUCAUGGACAACGGCACGGGCUUCUCCAAGCUCGGUUUCGCCGGCAACGAUUCCCCCUCUUUCGUCUUCCCUACGGCUAUUGCUACCAAGGGUCCCGCUGCGGGUAGCGGCGGAACUGGCUCUGGCCGCCCAGCCGUUGCGAAUAAGCCAUCAUUUCUUACGGGCGGUGCUGGUCCCACUGGUCAUCUAUCUAUGAAGCGCGGCACGGAAGAUCUGGAUUUCUUUAUCGGCGACGAGGCAAUAGGCGCUUCGAAUGGUCCAGGUUACGGUCUGCAUUAUCCUAUUCGCCAUGGACAGAUCGAAAAUUGGGACCACAUGGAAAGAUUCUGGUCAAACUCCAUCUUUAAGUAUCUUCGGGUCGAACCUGAAGACCAUUAUUUCCUCCUCACCGAACCGCCUCUUAACCCCCCUGAGAACCGCGAGAAUACGGCUGAGAUCUUUUUCGAGUCUUUCAAUUGUGCUGGUCUCUACAUCGCCGUUCAGGCCGUCCUCGCCCUCGCUGCCUCCUGGACAUCGACUAAGGUGACUGAUCGAUCGUUGACCGGUACUGUUAUUGAUUCGGGCGACGGUGUCACCCACGUCAUCCCUGUCGCCGAGGGCUACGUCAUUGGCUCUUCCAUCAAGUCUAUCCCCAUUGCCGGUCGAGACAUCACGUACUUCGUGCAAUCUCUACUUCGAGACCGAGGCGAGCCCGAUAGCUCUUUGAAGACGGCACAGGAGAUUAAAGAAGAACACUGCUACGUCUGUCCCGACAUUGUGAAGGAGUUUUCUCGUUUCGACCGUGAUCGUAGUCGGUUUCUUAAGCAUGUCGUGUCUCAACCUAGCGGCCGCCAAGUCAGCGUGGAUGUGGGCUAUGAGCGAUUCUUGGCCCCUGAAAUCUUCUUCAACCCCGAAAUCUACUCAUCCGACUUCCUGACACCCCUACCCGUUGUUGUCGAUGGUGUCAUUCAAUCGAGUCCGAUCGAUGUACGACGUGGACUUUACAAAAACAUUGUGCUUUCCGGAGGUAGCACCUUAUACAAGGAUUUUGGUCGAAGGUUACAGCGAGACAUCAAGCACUUGGUAGAUGCACGCAUUCGUGCUAGCGAAGUUCGCAGUGGCGGUGCAAGGAGUGGCGGAUUGGAGGUGCAAGUUAUUUCACAUAAGCGGCAACGACACGGCCCGUGGUUCGGAGGAAGCUUGUUGGGCCAGACUCCUGAAUUCAGGUCGUAUUGUCAUACUAAGGCUGAGUACCAAGAAUACGGGCCCAGUAUCGUGCGAAGGUUUGCACUACUUGGUGGUCCCGGGGGUUCGUAAUUUUAAGCAGAAAAUCUUGAUUUCGGUAAAUGUGAUGAAUGCGUUGCUAGCCGUGAUGUUUACCAUGUAUGUAGUUGAGGUGUUUAUAGCUGUUGAAAUAAAAAUCAUCAACGCACACAAUGCCUACGCGGUAGAUCUGCGCC